AUGAUGGUACGCGAAAUAAUUUUAUUGGUGUUGAUGUUUAUUAACAAUUGUGUAUCAUCAGAUUGGAAUUGUACGAUGAUUAAUGAUUUCAUUGGCCAAAAACAAAAUCUUCUUUUUUCGAAUGAUCAAUUUUCUGAACAGUGUACAAUUACAGUUGAAUAUUUAAAUCGUCAAAAUGAAAAACUUGUAUGUAUUACACAUACAUUAACAAUAACAAGUCUACCACCAUUAUCAUUAUCUUCCAAUCAUACAAUGCAAACAUUUAAAAUAAAUUCAUGUCAAUUGUCUACACUUGGACAAUUACCUUUUUCAUUGCCUUCAUCUGUUGAAAUACUUGAUUUAAGUUAUAAUUCAUUGUCAACGUUUAUUCUUUCAUUUCCAUUACCGUCAAAUCUAAAAUAUCUUUAUCUUGAUUCUAAUCCAGAUUUAAUUGAUAUUAAUUUUGGUAGCAAUCGUGUACAACAACGACUUAUCGGCCUUAGUCUUCGUCAUAAUAAAAAAAUGAAACUUUUGUCUUUACCGCCUCAUUUAAGUCAACUUGAUUUAACCGAUUGUAACCUGCAACAAUCUUCAAUAUUACCAUUGUUGAUAUCAUUAACAAAAUUGACUCAUUUAUCACUAGUCAACAAUCAACUUGAAAGAUUACCUUCUCUAGAUGAAAGUGUGCGACUUGAAUAUCUCAAUGUAUCAAACAAUCAUUUGACAUAUAUUGAAGAUCGAUGGUUACAUCGACAGUUGCGUACACUCGAUCUUACAUUUAAUCAAAUACAAUCAUUAGAAUUUUUUAAAGAUAAAUUAAAUAUGACAUCUUAUAUAAAUCACUCAUCAACCGAUGAUUAUCAUGAUCAAGUAAUAGCCGAGCACACCCUUCAACUCUUUCUAUAUGGUAAUCCAUUGAAAUGUGAUUGUUGGCUUGGCGCAAUACUUGACUUAUCUCCAUCAACGAUAAUCGUUAGUGAUUUGCAUUUGCUUCAAUGCCAUUCACGUCCGGUUCUGGAUAUUCCUCAUAACGAGCUCUUAUGUUCAUACUCACGUCAUUGUGCAUCCGAUUGCUCAUGUUGUGAUUUUGAGGCAUGCGAUUGUCAUUCUGUAUGUCCUUCGGAUUGUUCAUGUUCACAUGAUGCUCAAUGGUCACGUCAUAUUGUUAAAUGUCCUCAAGCGAAUCUAUCAAAUAUUCAUAUUCUUUUACCACAAACAAUCACGGAACUUGAUUAUGAAGAAAAUAAUAUUGAACAUAUCAAACCAUUUGUAUUCGUUGGUAAAACUUCAUUAAAAAAAUUAAAUUUAGCGAACAACAAUCUACAAAAUUUAACUAAUGAUACGUUUUGUGCAGCAUCUAAUUUACGGGAAUUAAAUCUUAGUCAAAAUCCAGAUCUAAUAAAAAUAUUUCAAAAUAUGAACGAUCUAGUUGGAUGUCUACAAAAUCUUCAACAUAUCAUUCUUUCCAAAGAUCAAAUUAAUAAUAAAGAACCAAUAAAUAAUGGAUGGAUGUUUUUUUCCAAUAGUAAUGAUAAUCUAGUUCGUCUUACACGUAUUAUACCAAAAAUUACAGUAACAACAUCAAGUACAACACUUUUAUCUAUUCUUGUGUCUGCCACUAAUCGACCGACACGUAAUUCAAAAUUUCACUUUAUUACUGUUCAACCUACAUAUCAGCGAGAAUGUACUACAUUUAUAUCUUCUACUGAUCGAAGUGUCAUUCGACAUAUACCAUUUAUUCAACAUAAACAAAAUCUUAUUAUCGUUGUAUUUUUUCUUUUACUAUUUCUUUUACUUUUUCUCAUAUUACUAAUAACAUUGACUGUUUGCCGACGAAAACUUCAUCGUCGUUAUACGGCUGAACUUCAACGACAGCGUUCUCAUCAUUAUUGUUAUCAUCACACUCGACUACAUCAACCAUCAAUUAAAACUACUGAUAGCCAAGCUAUGGCAGCAGCAAAUGAUAGUCUCUAUGAACAAUUACCUUCACUAUCAUCAGAUAGUGAACAACCAUUUUUAUACAAUGAGAAAAAAUCCAAUGCAACAAAAGUUCCAACUCUACCACCCCAUCCAACAACAUUUCGCCAUCAUUUUUGUUGUCAUCCAACAGGUCAGUUAAUUCAUACGCCAACAACUAGCGGACAUGAAUAUCAAUAUGCUGCGACAACAACAACAGGUUAUUCGACACCAAAUUCACAACAACAUCAAUGUGGUCCUGUUCUCGUAUGGGCUAAUCGAUUACUCUAUCCAACUGAAAAUACACAUCAUCGUCGAGAUUGUACAUCGCCUUCGUGUUCAUCUGAGUUACAACAAUUACAACAAUGUUUACUUUCAAAACAACAAGAUCAAACAUCAAUAACAACUGAAAAUAACAUUAUGCGCUACUCUAAUAAUGAAACACUUUUCGUACCUACCACCAGUACUUGCCGAUGUGGUAGCCAUAUGCAAAAUACAGACAUGUAUAUCUAUCCGCAUGUACAUAGAUAA